AUGUCUUUUGGUAGCCAGGUUCGAGGCGACUUGCGCGGCCCUGUGCCACCACCACCGGGUGCCGGUCAUAAUGGUCAUGGAAUGCCUCCAAAUGCAGCUCCACCGUCCCGCUCACAGAUUCAAUUUAUUCUCGACGAAAAUACGCACUUGAUCGAAUGUAUAAUCAACUACCAGUCGAAGGGAAUGGUCCAAGAUUGCGUCCAAUAUCAAAACAAGCUGCACAAGAAUCUCGUCUAUCUCGCUACUGCUGCGGAUAAACAGGGUUCUGGAAUGGGACUUGGUCCGACACCCGGUCCAGCUGGAGGACCAGCACAUCCCACCGCUCCAGGAGCAACUGCGCCGACUGAGCAGCACUCUCAGCAACACGGCAUGCCUCAGCCUGGAGCACCAACCCCUCAACCGACUUCUCAGAUCAGGGUGGCUAUUUUGGACUUGGGGAUUAGACCUGAGGGCCCGAGAAUGGCCCAACCACCCAUUCCACAAGCUCAUACAGGCAUACAGCAGCACCCAGGACUACCGAACGGGCUUCCAAACGGUCACCCACCAAAGCCAGCAACUCCUGCGUCAACACAAGAAACCGAAAAUGAUCAGCCAUCACAGACACAAAUUCCUCCAGUCUCAACUCCCGUUCCGACUGAAUCCGCUGUAAAAUCUCCCGCUCCUACGGAAAAUCAACCAGAUAAUCCGCCAACUCCUGGAAAUAACCCUCCUCAAGCGGUCAACUCCGAAAGCGAAGCCAGAGUCUCACCAAAGCCAAGUUCCGAAACCGAACCUCCCCAGUCGAUUACCGAAGAGCCUCCAAAAACUCCACAAGAACAGGCGCAGUCUCAGCCAGCUCAAAGUCCCGCUCCUUCGGCGUCUUCUCAAGCUCAACAACCACAGCAGCAACAACAACCUCCGCCCAAACAACAAACACCAAUUCAACAGUCUCCAUCUGCAGCUCAAAACAGUGCGAUGCCAACGCAACAGAAUCCAGCAGCUACGCCACAAAGUCAGCCACAUCCCGGUUAUCCUGGUUUUCAUGGGAAUGGGCCUGGGCAACCUGGAGCACCUAAUCCUCAAGCCGCUCAGAAUCCUGCACACAGAUUUCCUUACUCACAGCAUCCAGGCUAUGGCCCCGGUUAUCCUGGUGGGCCAGCCAGCCAGCCGUAUCCAGGUAGCCAGGCGCCAGGCUACCCUCCACACGCCAUGAACCAGCCUCACCAUCUACACAGCUCUCAACCGCAGGCGCAACAACAGAUAUCACCCCAGAAACAGCCUUCGACGCCUAAUCCUCCUCCCAGACCAGAUUCAACACAUGCGAGCCCAUCGGUGAAUCCGCAAACGCCUCAAGCACCACAUGCUCAGUCGCCGAAUAUCCCGCAUCAGUCACCUCAACAGUCUUCUCCGGGUCAAGGACACCCAUCGAUGAUGCAAAGCCCAGGAGGGCCAGCAAUGCAAGGGCAGUCUCAACCCCAUCCUGGCCAAAGUCCCCAAGGUGCACCACCAGCAGGAUACAACCCUCACGCGCCUCAAGGAAUGCACCCUGGCAUGGCGCAGAAACCAGGCUACCCUUAUGGCUACCCAAGUGGACAUCCUGGAUAUCCUCCGCAAGCCCGAAUGAAAGGUUACCCACCACACGGACACCCCGGCUCAGGUGGUUAUCCACCUCGACCUGGAAUGCCGCCUGGCUAUGGACACCCUCCUGGACAUCCUGGAUACCAAGGAUACCCGCCUAGAGGUUAUCCUCAAUAUGGCCAGUAUCCUCCUCAGUACCCAGGGGGUAUGCGACCACACCGUGGAUAUCCCGGAGCACCACCACAAGGAGGAGCCCCACCAGGCAUGGGAGCACCUCCGCAGCAACAACACGGACAAUAUCCUCCUUUUAGUCAGUAA